UUUCCAAGCCAAACCCUAGCGUCUGCACCUCCGGUUUCCGGCUUUCCGCCUCCGCUCUGCACGCCGUCGGCUCCUUGACGCCCCCAUCCUUGCCCGCCGUCGGCUCCUUGACGCCCCCAUCCUGCCCAGCCGCUCCGGCCACUCCGCCGCUCCACGCUUCCGUCUCCGCUGGAUCUGGACCUCUUCCACUCCAACGCUCGCGACACAAGAGCUUGAGUCCCGUUAAAGGAAAAGAACAAGUAGCCAUGGCAUCUCGUUUUUGGGGACAGGGAGACAGUGAUUCUGAGGAGGAAGUGGAGGAGAUUGAGUCAGAACAAGGGAGCGAUAGUGAAAAAUCAGAAGCUGGUGAUGGGGGGCGUGAUGGUUCCAAGAACCGCUAUUUGAACAGAUAUACUCAGGACAGUGAUGAGUCUGAUACAGAUAACCCCCGUGUGAUUCGCUCCUUGAAGGACAAGCGCAAUGAUGAGAUGAAAGCUACUGCUGACCAGAUGCGCAAUGCCAUGAAGAUAAAUGACUGGCUUAGCUUGCAAGAGAGUUUUGACAAGUUGAACAAACAGCUUGAGAAAGUUGUCCGCAUCAAUGAAUCUACCAAAAUUCCAAAUAGGUAUAUCACCACUCUUGUAUUACUUGAGGACUUCCUUGCUGAGGCUCUUGCAAACAAGGAAGCCAAGAAGAAGAUGAGCAGCAGCAAUGCCAGGGCGCUCAAUGCAGUGAAACAAAAACUUAAGAAGAACAACAAGCAGUAUGAAGACCUGAUUCAGAACUGCAGAGAGAAUCCGGACAGUUUUGAAGAUGAUAUUGCAGAUGAGAAGGAUGUGGAUGAGGACGAAGAUGAUAGUGGUGAAGAUAUUGUGGAUCCUGAUAAGAUGGCUAUGUCUGAAUCAGAAGAGUCAGGGAACGAAGAUGAUGGGAGUGAUGAAGGUGGAGCCUGGGAAAAGAAGUUAAGCAAGAAGGAUAAGAUUAUGGACAAGCAGUUCUUGAAAGACCCGAGUGAGAUUACAUGGGAUAUUGUCGAUAAAAAGCUCCGUGAGAUUGUUGCUUCUAGGGGUAAGAAGGGCACUGGGAGAAUUGAGCGUGUGGAGCAGCUAACAUUUUUGACUCGCGUUGCAAAAACGCCGGCCCAGAAGCUUGAAAUUCUUUUCCAUGUGAUCUCUGCCCAGUUUGACGUCAACCCAAGCUUACUUGGUCAUAUGCCAAUCAAUGUGUGGAAGAAGUGUGUUAAUAAUAUGCUUCUUGUGCUUGACAUACUGCAAAAAUAUCCUAAUAUUGUAGUAGACACCUCAGGGGAGCCUGAUGAGAAGGAAACUCAGAAGGGUGCUGACUAUGAUGGAACAAUCCAUGUCACAGGUGACCUGGUUGCAUUCCUGGAAAGGAUUGACUCCGAGUUUUUUAAGAGUUUACAGUGCAGUGAUCCAUAUACCAAAGAUUAUGUCCAGAGGCUUAGAGACGAACCCUUGUUUUUGGUGCUUGCACAGAAUGUCCAAGAUUACCAGGAAAGGCUUGGGAAUCUUAAGGCUGCUGCGAAGGUUGCGUUGCGUCGUGUUGAACUAAUCUACUACAAACCUCAAGAAGUAUAUGAUGCAAUGAGAAAAUUAGCUGAGCAGACUGAGGCUAGCAUGGAGGAUGAAGAUACUGAGGCUGGUGAGGACCAUCAAGCAGCUGAUGACAACAGGGGGCCAGCACCGUUUGUUGAGAUUCCAGAGCUAGUACCUAGGAAGCCUACUUUCCCAGAGAGUGGCAGAGCUUUGAUGGAUGGAUUGAUGUCUCUAAUUUACAAGUAUGGGGACGAAAGGACCAAAGCUCGAGCAAUGCUGUGUCACAUAUAUCACUAUGCAAUCUCUGAUGAAUUUUCUGUGGCUCGUGACUUGCUCUUAAUGAGUCGUUUACAAGAUGCGGUUCUACAUAUGGACAUAUCAACACAGAUUUUAUUUAACAGGGUUAUGGCCCAGCUGGGCUUAUGUGCUUUCAGGGCUGGUUUGAUAGCUGAAGCUCAUGGUUGCCUGUCCGAGUUAUAUUCAACUGGUAGAGUGAAAGAGUUGCUUGCACAAGGUGUACAGCAAAGCCGGUACCACGAAAAAACUCCUGAACAGGAAAGACUUGAGAGGAGAAGGCAGAUGCCUUACCAUAUGCAUAUAAACCUUGAACUUUUGGAAGCCACACACUUGAUCUGUGCAAUGCUAAUUGAGGUCCCCAAUAUGGCUGCCAGUACUUUUGACAAGCGGAGGCCUAUGAGCAAAACAUUCCGCAGACUUCUUGAAAUGAGCGAGAGACAGACUUUUGUUGGUCCUCCAGAAACUGUGAGGGAUCAUGUAUUGGCAGCUACAAGAGCCCUCAAUAAGGGUGACUACGAGAAGGCUUUCAGUGUCAUCAAUUCACUUGAUACCUGGAAGCUUUUGAGGAACAAGGAGCACAUUCUUGAGAUGCUGAAGCUUAAGAUCAAGGAAGAGGCUCUCAGAACCUAUCUGUUUUCUUACUCAUCUUGUUACGAGUCCCUGAGCCUUGGUCAGCUCAUUACUAUGUUUGACCUUAGCGAGCCACAGGCUCACAGCAUUGUUAGCAAGAUGAUGAUGCAUGAGGAGCUUCAUGCAAGCUGGGACCAACCGACCAAGUGCAUCAUUUUCCAUAGCGUGGAUCAAACUAGGCUGCAGGGACUGCUCUUUCAGAUGGCGGAUAGGCUCUCAGUCCUCGUGGAGAGCAACGAGAGGGCAUAUGAGGCUAGGACUGGCGGUGCCCUUGAGGGGGCACCACCCAGGCGAAGGAAUGAUGGUCAAGACUCUUCCAAUUUGGGGAAGUGGCAGGAGAACUUUGUAUCAUCACAAGGUCGGCGCGGUGGUGGGAGAUUUGGUUACUCUGGCAGAACUGGAGGACGCGGUGGUGGCUACCAGAAUGAUAGGUUCCAAAAUGACAGGAGUGGUCAGGGUUCCCGCGGUGGCUAUGGUGGUGCUGGUGGUUCACGGUUCCAUGAGGGAAGGGCUCGCACACAAUCUGGUAUGCCAUCUCGAGGCGACGGGAGUGCACGCAUGGUGAGCCUGAAUAGGCCUGGUAGAGUAUAGGACUUAUACUAGACAUUAGUUUGCUUGCGGCCUCCCAAGUUUCAAAUCACCGGUUUCUUUAAUCACCAAGAAAUCUCCAGCCGUUUUGAACCGCAGUAAUCGUUUGCUAUAUUUCGUUGUAGCUCUUAACUUGAAUCUGUCAAGAAGACUUGUCCGCUUUUUGUAUCGUGGGAGUGAGGACCAUGUAUGCAUUCAUAUAUUUGGUUUUGACAUCAACCUCCAAUUAUCUACUCUUAUCAUUUUGCUCCAAACA